UUAGAAGCCAGUGGUUGGCUGGUUUUCCGGACAUGAUGUGGUUGGAGCUGUCAUCGUAAUGGAAAUUCACUGCCGUAGCUAUGGUAAAUCGAGUGUUCUGCCUGUGCUGAAUGCAUUAGUCUAAUGAGAUGUUUGCAGCGGCGAGCAGGGCUGUUGGAGACUAGCUGUGAGCAGUAGCACACGGCUGGAAGGUAGCGUGUGCAAUCCUCGGGUGCACGUGCAGGAUAUUACCUGUCUUCCAAGUCAACACUCCCGACCCGAUCAACACCCUGAUCAGGGCUCUGUGAUUGAUCAAGCUGUAGGACUAAUUCCCAGGACCUCUCCUGCCCUUGCUGUUUGCCUCCUCAUUCAGUAAGACUGGCACCAGCAGAGAUGCAGACACAGAAGGUCCCAGGGAGGAAGCGUGGCCGGCCUCCACUUCACUCCACACUGGUGCAGAUGGCAACCCAUAACCUUUACUCUGCUCCCGCUGGCUCUGUACCAGCCGUGACAAUCCCAAAGAAGAGGGGACGCAAACCCAGGUACAAGAUCAAAUCUCCAGUGCUCAUGACUCCCUUGGCCCUGUCACCUCCACGGAGUACCCCAGAACCUGACCUCAGCUCCAUCCCUCAGGAUGCAGCCACUGUCCCCAGCUUGGUGGUCCCACAGGCUCUCACAGUGUGCCUCUACAUUAACAAGCAGGCCGAUGCAGGCCCAUACCUGGAGAGGAGGAAGCUGCAGCAGCUUCCUGAGCGCCUGGGGCCUGAGCGGCCCGCAGCUGUCCUGCAGCAGGCAGUGCAAGCAUGCAUCGACUGUGCACACCAGCCAAGGCUGGUCUUCUCCCUCGUCAAGCAGGGUUACCGUGGAGAGCUGGUGUCAGUCUCUGCUUCCUUUGACGGAAAACAGCACCUGAGGAGUCUGCCCGUGGUGAACAGCGUGGGCUAUGUCCUCCGCUUCCUGACCAAACUGUGCCGCAGCCUCCUGUGUGACAACCUCUUCAGCCACCUGCCCUACCCGGGCAGCCUCAGUACCACAGAGCAGACCCAGGAGAGAGAGGAUGGGAGGAUGGAGUCAGCUCAGGCAGCCACUGCCGAAGAGUGCCUGGCAAACCCCGUGGGCAUGAACCGCUACAGCAUGGACUCGGCCUUUAGCCACAGGGGCUCCUUGACGCACCCCUCCUCGCUGUACUACAAGAGGCUGAACUCUGGAGACAGCCACGCUGCGGGAGGUCCCACCGCCGCCAUCAGUGGGUCCCGUACCAACCCUGUGCCCUCGGGAGGUCCAUCCACAGCUGGACUGAGGUUCCCAGCCUCCAGCCCCAAGAGGAACGAUGUGGAAGGAAACAGAUGUGCCUCCAGCCCCUCUCCAGAGGUACAAGACACCCGGCGACCAAGCAGCAGAAACCCUUCCACCUGGACUGUAGAGGACGUGGUCCGGUUUGUGAAAGACGCUGACCCUCAGGCUCUGGGGCCUCAUGUGGAACUCUUCAGAAAGCAUGAGAUCGACGGCAAUGCCUUGUUGUUGCUGAGGAGUGACAUGAUCAUGAAAUACCUGGGACUAAAGUUGGGACCGGCACUGAAACUCUGCUACCACAUUGACAAGCUGAAGCAAGCUAAGUUCUGAACUUCCUGGAGUUGGAGGCAAACCCCAGACCUCGAGAGCACCCUCCACCUGACCAGCACCCAGCCAACAUCCCCAGUGGAUUGUCUCCUUAAAACUAACAGCCACAAGACUGCCUUUCUAUCAAACGCGUGCAUCUUUGCCUUUUCUAACAUUCCAAACGGCCCCUCUCAAAGGCUCAGCUGUGUCAUCGAUUUGUCAGAAAAAGCAGGAAAAGCCAAUUACAUUUAAUGUUCCUGACAUGCUGGCCACUCUUUAUGGGUGCUAUUGUGUCAUGACGGAGUAGAUAACUGAAUGUUGUCACCCAAGGAGUGCCCUGGAGGGGGGGGGGUGGCUCUCAGAGUAAUGAGAAGGACCUUGUCCUUGGAGGUGGUGUGAGGCUGCCCCCUGAGAGGCAGCCUCUCACUGUCCUGGGGACCGAUCGGCAUGAAGCCACUGGAGUUAGCUCUGGGCUGACAGGACUCCCAAGGAUGUCUUGCCUCACCUUGCACUAUCUGAAGCUUGAAGUUUGUUGCUGGCUCAAAGAGAAGCGAGAUGUUUUAGUCUUAGCUGCGAAGUCCUUCACUUGCCCACCAGGGGGCAGACGACCAACGAGGUUUCAGGGUGCAGACUGCAGCGGCUGCUCAUGCAGAACUCAGUGGCUGGGUUAGGGCUUCCAUAGCAAGGUCUGACUUGCACAGGGACAGGGGACUGAUUCCAUAGUCAGUACCCCAGACUGACACUUGAGAAGAAAUUGUGAUCUGAAGGGUUCCUAGUUCAUGUGCACUGACGAGUUAAGAAUUUGGAAGCAACUGUCUCCCUAAACGAAGAUUCCCUCCCCUCCCAGACUCUUGCUGCAGGCUGAGAGGCUGCAAAUCUUGGUGACCUUUAGCUAUGGGUAUUUCUUGAAGAAAAAGAAGGGAAAGGAAACUGUUUCAAUGUGGUGUGAAACGGGAGAGUGCUGAUUUCAAGUUAUGUGGCAGAAUUCUGGAACUGUGUCUGUGGCUAACUUUUCUAGUCUUCAGCAAAUACACACAUGCAUCUUUAUCGGGUUUAAUUCGAUUUGCAAAUAGGUUUUCACUCUCCACUGUGAUGUAAUAAGAAAAAAUUGAUUUUCUACCCUUUGCAGCUGUGUCCAGAGAGGGAUGGAGCCACGGCUUA